AUGGACGAACAACCACAACCAAUAUAUUUACAACAAUAUCUACGAUCUUGUAUUAUAAAUUCUAUAGAUCUGUUUAAUUAUAAGAAUGCUGAAUUUCUAAGUGAAAGAUUAUUAUCAGUUAAUAAUGAAUUGGAUUCCAUAUAUUUAUAUUGUUUAUCAUUAUAUAAACAGCAGAAGAUUAAGCUGUGUUAUUUUAAAUUAAUAAAUACAAAUUUAAAUCAUUUAGGUUGUUCAUUUUUAUUUGCAAAAUGUUGUUUAGAAUUAGGUAAAUAUAAAGAAGGUAUAUAUCAAUUAAUUAAAGUUGAAAAUUUAUACGAAGGUAUUCAAUCAAAAUAUGAGUAUGAAAAUAAUAGAGAUAUUAUUCCUGAUUCAUCUGCAAUAUAUCAUUUAUUAGGUGAUUUAUAUAAAUCAAUCAAUGAUGUAAAGAAUAGUGGUUUAAAUUAUACCCAAAGUUUAAAAUUAAAUCAAUUUAAUUUUGAAGCAUUUCAAGAAUUAUGUAAAUUGGGAGUAAAUGUAAGAGUUAAAUCUAUUUUUAAAAGUUUUAAUGAUUUAUCAAAUCCAUUUAACUCAAAAUUGAAAACUCCAACUGAUGAAUUUAAUUUUUCAACACCAAGAAUUAAAACUGAACCAUUGAAAAAGUCAAAUUUAAAUACAAAUAAUGAUUUUGAAUUUACGAAACCAACUAAGAAUAAAACAUAUUCAAAAAUAACAUCAAGAUUAAUACUGGCACCACAAGAAACUCCAAAGAAAAGGACAUUAAAAAGAAAUCAAGUGGAAACUGUAAAUACAGCAUCUACAAGUUCAACAAAUUCAUCGAUAACAACCACCAAAGAAAUUGAAAAAAGUGAGAAACAUUUAUUAAAAUUAAUUACAAUAUUUGCAAAAGGUUUUAAAAGUAUGUGUAAAUAUGAUUGUUAUAAAGCUAUACGAAUAUUGGAAAGUUUAAAUGAAACAGAGAAAAAUUCACCUUGGGUUUUAGCAAAAUUGGGUAGAUUACAUUAUGAAAUUGUAAAUUAUAAACAAUCUGAAUAUUAUUUUAAUAAAUUAAGAAGUUUAGAUCGUACAAGAUUAGAAGAUAUGGAAUAUUUUUCAACUUUAUUAUGGCAUUUACAUAAGAAAGUAGAAUUGACAUAUUUAGCAAAUGAAUUACAUGAUUUAGAUUCACAAUCGCCAAUAACUUGGUGUACAAUUGGGAAUUUAUUUUCAUUAACUCAUGAGCCAGAUGAAGCAAUACGAUGUUUUAAUAAAGCAAUUAAAUUAGAUAAAAAAUUUACAUAUGCUUAUACAUUAAAAGGUCAUGAAUAUUUUGGAAAUGAUAAUUAUGAAACAGCAUUGGAAAAUUUUAGAAUUAGCUUAUUAUUAGAUCCAAGACAUUAUAAUGCAUUAUAUGGAAUAGGAAUGGUUUAUAUAAAUCUUGGAGAUUAUGAAAAAGCAGAUUAUCAUUUUAGAAAAGCAGUUUCAAUUAAUCCAAUAAAUAUUAUAUUAAUCUGUUGUGUUGGAAUGGUUUUAGAAAAAUUAAAUAAAAAAUCAUUAGCUUUAAAACAAUACGAAUUAGCAAAUAAAUUACAACCAUUAAAUCCAUUACCAAUUUUUAAAAAAGCACAAUUAUUAUUUAGUCAGCAACAGUAUAAUUUAGCUUUGAAGAAUUUUGAAAUUUUAAAAGAUCUUGCACCAGAUGAAGCAAGUGUACAUUUUUUACUUGGUCAAUUAUAUAAUAUUCAAAAUGAUAAAUUUUUUGCUAUAAAAGAAUUUACAAUAGCAUUGAAUUUAGAUCCAAAGGGUAAUUAUUUAAUACGAGAAGCAAUGGAACUGUUGAAAGAUAAAUAG